AUCAUUGUUCCCCAACAGAUAAUUCCUUUGAAAGAAUGGAAAUAGUUUGGUUAUUUGCUCCUCUCUCUAUUUCCCUAUUGUUUGUAGUCUUUAAACUUGUGUCCUCUAGACGAAAACAGUAUAACCUCCCACCAAGUCCAUCACUUAAACUUCCUAUAAUAGGACAUCUCUAUAUUCUGAAACAACAUAUGCAUCGCACCCUUGAAAAUCUUUCUGAAAAAUAUGGGCCUAUUUUCUCUCUUCAAUUUGGGAAGCGUCUUGUCGUGGUGGUGUCAUCUCUAUCGGCGGUGAAGGAAUGCUUCACCAAGAAUGACAUCACGCUUGCCAACCGCCCUCCUUUAAUGAUCGGAGGAUACAAUUGCACGACAAUCAUUGAUUCCUGUUAUGGCGAUCAUUGGCGCAAUCUUCGCCGUAUUUGUGCACGGGAAAUCCUAUCCUCUAGUAGUCUCAACGAGUCUCAAACAAUUCGACAGCGUCAAAUCAACCUUCUUGUGCACAGGUUGUUCCAAAAUUGCCAGGAUUUUGGUACCAUUGUGGAACUUAAGUCCAAGUUUACUGAAUUAUCCUUCAACGUCAUCAUGAGAAUGGUUUGUGGAAGCCAAUUCUUCAAUCAAGAUAAAGACGAUAAUAAGGCAGCAUAUUUUCGUGAGCUUAUAGGGGAAUUUUUCAGCAAUGGCAAUGCAUCAAAUGUGGAUGAUUUUUUGCCUUCACCAUUUUCUUGGAUAUAUAAGCAUACUGAGAAAAAUACGCUCAAGCAACUUGGCCGCAAAAUGGAUGAAUUUUUGCAAGGUUUAAUUGAUGAAUAUCGCGGUCUGACCGACCAAAAUAAUAUGAUUGAUCGUUUGCUUUCUUUGCAAGAAUCACGACCCGACUACUAUACUGACGAUAUCAUUAAAGGAAUUAUAAUGGUUAUAGUGAUUGGUGGAACAGAUACCACGGCAGUGACUAUAGAAUGGGCAAUGGCGUUUUUGCUCAACCAUCCAAAAGUGUUGAAUAAAGCAAGAAUUGAAAUAAACAAUCAUGUUGGUGGUGAUCGUUUAGUUAAUGAGGCUGAUUUGCCUAAUUUGAAAUAUCUUCAGUGUAUCAUUUCGGAAACUUUCCGAUUAUGUCCAGCAGCACCAAUGUUAAUACCCCACCAAUCAGCUGAGGAUACGGCAAUAGGGGGUUUCGACAUUCCACGUGGGACAAUCCUAUUGGUGAAUGCUUGGGCCGUCCAUAGGGAUCCAUUAGUUUGGGCUGACCCGGAAAGUUUUAGACCAGAGAGAUUUGAAGGUAUCGAAGUGAAACCGUGGGAGCUACUGCCUUUUGGAAUGGGAAGGAGAGCAUGCCCAGGUGCUGGACUUGCUCAAUGUGUGAUUGGCUUAGCUUUAGGAGCUUUAAUUCAAUGUUUCGAGUGGCAAAGAGUUGGCCAAGAAGUGGAUUUGACUGAAGGGAAUGGUCUCACCCAUGCAAAAGCUGAGCCACUCACAGCAAGGUGCAUGGCCCGUCUCAAUAUUAACUGUUCUUUAAUUUCUGAAAUUGCUAACACCUAAAAUGGUUGUAAUUCGAUCCAUCGUUUCUUAAGGUGUUGUUCUAUACAAUAUAGUGUUGUAUUUUCUUAAGGUGUUGUUCUGUACAAUAUAGUAUUGUAUUAUAAUGUAUUAAAUAACAUAUGAAUAAAAAUUGCAUCAAUUUCUAUAGCUUAA